CUACCGUGCAUUGAAUCUUCGCAGCACAACGAAGUCCCGACCCAGAGGGCUUCUUCCUCAGUCCUCCGCAACUCUCCCUUUCUUUCGUUCUUGCCUUCUCUCCAGAUCCAAACUCUCACCAUUUUCUUCACAAGUGAACACCAAAUCCAAUUCGAUCCACUCUCUUCCAAAAUCUCUAAUCCAUUUCCAAAAUUCAAAUUCAGUUUCGUUUCAUGAUUUUGAUCUCGUGAAACCUCAUGGAUUCGCACCCUUCCUUAACCGGAAGGUCCAUCGGAAACAGCAACCGAUCCAGCUUAGAUCUCGGCCACUCUUCCUCUUCAUCACAUUCAUCCUUAACCAAAUCGAUCUCGGACGCAAGCAGCCAAAGCCUCUCCUCGAUCCUCAACAACCCGCACGUAGGCAAAUCCGGCGUCUACGGCACCGACGCCUCCUGGGUCGGCUGGUGGUCAUCCUCCUCAACCUCCGUAUCCCCCUCCGAGUUCUCCCCCGUCGCCUCCGCAAAGCUCCCCGGCUCGGACCUAACCAGAUCCGACUUCAACACCUACAUCUCCUCGAUCUCCGACUCCCACAACAGAUUCGAAGAUAUCAUAAACCACACAAAAGAAGAAGAGAGCUCCGAGCUCGAUCAGGAGCGCCACGUGUCCGGUUUAGCUUCCUGCCUCCGCGAGGUCCCUUCGCUCUACUUCAAGGAGGAUUUCGCGUUAGAGGACGGGGCUACAUUCCGCUCCGCGUGCCCCUUCUCGAGCUUGAACGAGAAUCUAGCGCUUCAGGAGAAGUUAUCGCAGUAUCUCGACGUCGUUGAGAUGCAUCUCGUGAAGGAGAUCUCGGUGAGGUCUGAUUCGUUCUUCGAGGCGCAGGGACAGCUGGAGGAUUUGAAUGUGAAGAUCGUCGAGGGCUGUAGGAGGAUCCGUGACUUGAAAGAGACGAUUCGGGUGAUCGAUAGGAGUUUGGUGGAUUCGGCGAGGCGGAUUCAGGAGCUGAGCUCGACUAGGGUUAAUAUGUUGGAGCUGCAGCGUAAAUUGAGGGUUAUUUUGUAUGUUAACCAAGCUCUCACUGCACUCAAAUUGUUUGUUGCGUCUGCAGAUUGUGCUGGGGCUUUGGAUAUAACUGACGAUCUCCAGAACUUGUUGGCUGGAGAUGAGCUGACUGGUCUACAUUGCUUCCGUCAUCUUCGUGAUCAUGUUACUAUUUCCAUUGAUUCUAUAAACAGUAUUCUCACAGCAGAAUUUAUGCGUAUCUCAAUACACAAUACUGGGGAAAUAGAUGUACUGAUUUUAUCGUCAGCAAAAAAACGGGGAUCCAUUUCAUCUAAUGGGGAGACCGGUGAUGAAGUUAAGCUAGAAGAAGAAGAUACGUCUACUUUAUGUGAUCGGCUUCUUCCUCUAGUAAUUGGAUUGCUAAGAACGGCAAAGUUCCCCUCAAUUUUGAGGAUGUAUCGUGAGGCACUAACAUCUGAAAUGAAAAAUGCAAUCAAGAACGCAGUUGCUGAGCUGCUUCCAAUUCUUGUUGCAAGAUCGCUGGAGUCUGACUUUUCACAUGGGGAGCGCUCAGUAGAUGUUGAUGGUGGUGGCUUAUCUCUCGCAAGCAAGUUGAGGACCCUGUCAUCGGAGGCGUUUGUUAAUCUCUUAACUGCUAUAUUUAGGAUUGUUCAGGCACAUCUUGUCCGGGCUUCGGAAGUGAAAAAAGCGAUUGAAUGGAUCCUCUGCAAUAUCGAUGGACAUUAUGCAGCUGAUUCCGUUGCAGCUGCAAUUGCUGUUGGUGCUGUAGCGGCCGAAUCAGCCCAGGAAUCAGGUUUCCAAAGCGGACAAUUAGUGUCUUCUCCAUUGGGUAGUCUUACCUCAAAGACCCCUUCAUUGCAGAGAAAAUCAAGCGACGCAACAAACUUGAUGAACAUGUCAAGAAACUUCAGGGCCGAUGUCUUGAGAGAAAACACAGAAGCUGUCUUUGCGGCCUGUGAGGUUACUCAUGCUAGAUGGGCAAAGCUACUAGGAGUCCGUGCUCUUCUUCAUCCAAAAUUGAAAUUGCAGGAGUUCAUGAGCAUUUAUGAUCUCACCCAAGAAUUUAUAACAGUUACGGAGAAGAUUGGCGGACGGUUGGGAUCUAGUAUACGUGGGACGCUGCAAUCACAAGCCAAAGCCUUUGUAGAUUCCCAGCAUGAAGCUCGGAUGACAAAACUAAAAGCCGUCCUUGAUCAAGAAACAUGGGAUGAGAUAGAUGUUCCCGAAGAAUUCCAAUCCAUAAUCAGUUCACUUUUUGCAUCCCAGGAGUUGAUUUCUGGGAAAGGUGAUGAUGCUGAUAUUAAAACACACAGAAACCCGCUUCCUCUCAAUGGGUCUCUCACUUCAGGUACUGAAGAUCAAAGUACUGAAUCACGAAAUGAAAAAUCGGAAUCUAGUGAAGGUGCUGCAGUUAGUAACGCGCAAGUGAAAUCUACAGUCAAGGCUAGUGUAUCUUCUGUUACGAAUAAUCAAAGUAAUCAGAAGGCGCACGGAAAAUCUAACCUUUUCUAUCAAGGAGUUGGUUACCACAUGGUAAACUGCGGGUUAAUAUUGCUCAAGAUGUUGUCAGAAUACAUUGAUAUGAACAAUUCUUUGCCAGCUUUGUCCUCGGAAAUUGUUCUUCGUGUUGUUGAAGUGUUGAGAUUUUUCAACACUAGGACAUGCCAACUUGUUUUGGGUGCUGGUGCUAUGCAGGUGUCUGGUUUGAAGUCCAUUAAGGCAAAACACUUGGCGCUUGCAAGUCAAGUAAUCGACUUCACUUACACUAUUAUUCCUGAAUCCAGAAGAAUUAUGUUUUCAAAAGUUCCUGAGGCUAGAAAGCCACUAUUGUCAGUAGAUAUUGACAAAGUUGCUCAGGAUUAUAGGGUUCAUCGAGAUGAAAUAUACACAAAACUAGUUCAGAUAAUGAGAGAAAGGCUAUUGGCGCAUCUUCAUGGUUUGCCGAAAGUUGUUGAAGGCUGGAACAGACCGCCAGACACCAACAAACAAACUAAAGAGUUUGCGUGGCCACUCACGAGGGAAGUUGGUUACCUUCAUCGUGUCUUGUCCGAGACACUGCAUGAAGCGGAUGUCCAAGCAAUCUUCAGGCAGGUGAUUUUGAUAAUUCACACACAAACUUCUCAAACGCUGGCCAACUUGGAGAUAAGCUCUCCAGAGGCAAAGAAAAGGUUGAAGCUUCAUGUUGAGCUCAUCCUCAAAUGCAUCCGAUCGUUACCAUCCGACAAUACCAAUCAGCCAGGCAUCCCAAAUUGGGGGCAACUAGAUGAAUUCUUUGCACAACACUUUAGAGAAGAAGAAGAAGAAGAAGGUGGCGGCCAAGCUGAGUAAUGAAGUCGUGUCAUUGUACAGCAAAAUUGUUUCUUCUCACUUCCUAAGUAAAAAGAAUCAGAGUUUGAGUAUGAGGGUGGAUUACUCGUCCUGUAGAUUUAGCUUAUAGGUGACAAGUUUCUUCCUUCUUCUCUCACUACCAAUGAAUCAUUCUGCAACCAAAGGCACUUACAAAUGCAAUUUAUGGAUCUGUAACGUGUGUUACAUUCAGUUACUGAGUUUGGCCCUUCAAAUUGCAGGUGUGUUACAGUCAUGGCCUCAUGAAAAUUAUAUCAAACUAUGGUAUGUACGUUUCUCGUUUUCCUAGAUGUUGCUUUUUUUAUUAUCUUAUUCUAACCCGAGUUGUAAGAGGUACCAGUGAUUGAACAAAUUUUUUUGAGGGUAAUUAGAUUUUAGACGUGCAUAUAUUUAAGUGGGACAAAA